CAUGAUAUCAUUGUUAUUUCUGGCCUGCGGUUUCAGGCCCAGUAGUACCCAGGCCCCUCGUAUAUAUAGAGUUUGUAAGUUCAUUCAUCGUGGCCUUCUUGCUUGUACUCGUUAGCUUAGCAGUAUUAAACUUGUGUGUGUUAGAACGCCUCUGUGUCCAUUGGAAUCACGACAUGGUGUCAGGAGUGGGAUACGAUUGCUGAAUUGGACCUUCACCGUAUUUCCCAGCGAAGAAGAGAACCUGGUCGUCAAUAAUCUUUCUUCGUGUUCGUCGUAAACAAGAUGGCGGAACUUGCGGGUUUACCAAUUCCUAGCAUGGACUGGCAUUCGCCGGAUGCCCCACAGGCGUUUAAAAAGUUCAAAGCCCGUUGCGAGCUUUACUUUUCGGGCCCACUAAAGGAGAAAUCAGAGGAAGAAAAGCGUACGCAAACCAAGCUCCUAGACAAGGACGCCACUCUCUCACUUGAUUCUGCCCUGGACAUUGCCCGGACAGAAGAGGUAACAAGUAAACAAAUCAAGGAAAUUUCACCCGAUAAUUCAACUCAUGUUGAUGCAAUGAAGCAUGAGGGAAGCCUUCCCGUCAAGCCCCGUGGUCCCAUCAUUCGUUUAUGUGGUUGUUGUGGUUCGGAGCACGACAUCUCUGAACGUUCAAACUGCCCAGCGUAUGGAACCAAGUGUGGUGCAUGCGGUAAAGCCAAUCAUUGGAGGAUAGUCUGCCGUACAACCAAGCCUGGCAAAAAGGGGAAGCCAAAUGGUCGUCAAAAUCGUCCUAAACCUCCGAAAGGAAAACCUGGAAAAAAGCAUCUUCAUAGUCUCGAAAGUGGUCAACCACCAGAAACACCAUGUGACCCUGAGCUACCAGAUCAGUUAUACUUUCAUAUGUUAUCAGUUGAUCAGGUCAAGAAAAGUGACACUCAAGCCUUCGUUGAGGUGGAAGUGGAUACCAAUCACUGUAAGAAACCGCUUUUAUGUAAAGUUGACACUGGUGCUGAGGGAAAUGUUAUUUCUUUGAAUACCUACAAAUGCCUCUUCCCAUGUUCAUCAUCCACUACCUUGUCACCAUCAAGCACUAUCAUUACUGCAUAUGGAGGACAUGCCGUUAAUCAUCAUGGCACUUGUGUUCUCAAGCUGGCUCAUGGGGGUACCUGUAGGUCAUAUCCAUUUCAUGUUGUUGAUGCAGAUGGUCCAACCAUAUUAGGUCUGCCAACUUGUACAGAUUUGAACUUGAUUACCAUGAAUUUCAGCAUCGCAACCCGUGAGGAGGUUUCAAAGCCAAGUACCCCACCCAAGCCUGUUUGCAAUCCAGACCCGGUUGCUAAGGAGGAGGUGCUCAAGCAGUACAAAGAUUGCCUCGAAGGCAUUGGCUGCUUUCAGGGUGAAUUUCACAUUACCAUUGACCCUGCUGUUCCCCCAGUUGUGCAUCCUCCACGAAGAGUUCCAGAAGCCCUCAAAGAGCCUUUGAAAAGGGAACUUUAUUUGCUGGUUGAACAAGGAAUUUUGGCAAAAGUUACCGAGCCUACAGAUUGGGUCAAUUCCUUGGUGUGUGUCAGCAAGAGCACUGGUGCGUUGCGGCUUUGCCUAGAUCCUAAGGAUCUUAACUGUGCUAUCAAGAGGCCACACUACUUCACACCUACACUGGAAGAUAUCCUUCCGAAGCUUAAUGGUGCAAAGUGCUUCUCCAUCCUGGACGCACGCAGUGGUUACUGGAACAUCAAGCUUGACCAGGCCAGUUCGCUAUGUGCAACCUUCAAUUCGCCAUUUGGAAGAUACAGAUUUCUGCGAUUACCCUUCGGUUUAGUCUGUGCACAGGACAUUUUCCAAAGGAAGGUAGAUGAAACCUUCGGUGACUUACCCGGUGUGACUGGAAUCGCAGAUGACAUUGUUGUGUAUGGCUACAAGAGUGACUAGUGAC